AUGUCAAAUCUAAAUAAUGGUGCACAAAAUGCAAUGCCAAGUAAAGUAACUAAAGUAAAGAACAAGUCGGCGGCACCGAUACAGAUUACUUCGGAACAUAUAUUACGUGUUGCAUUGGACGGUGCAGCAACAGAGACACCAAAGGCACCAAAACAACAUAUCACAGAUCAAGAUGAACUAGAAGCAUAUCGUACACGAAAGAGAAAGGGAUAUGAAGAGACGUUGAUCAGAACCACUUCAAUGGUCGUCUUUCAAAAGUAUGCUUCUUGGGAAGAAUCACAAAAAGAGUUUGACCGUGCUCGUUCAAUCUAUGAACGUUGUCUAGAGAGACACCAUCGCAACGUUCAAGUGUGGCUUCGUUAUGCCGACAUGGAGAUGCGAAACAAGUUUAUCAAUCAUGCUCGUAAUGUAUGGGAUCGUGCCGUAGCACUGCUACCACGUGUCCCCCAACUAUGGUACAAAUACUCAUUCUUUGAAGAUAUGAUGGGUAACAGUCCAGGUGCAAGAGCUGUUUUCGAUCGUUGGAUGCAAUGGAAACCUGAACCACAAGCAUGGAACUCUUAUAUAAAGUUUGAAAUUAGAUUAAAUCUUUUAGAAAAUGCUAGAAAUAUUUUUGAAAAGUAUAUACUUGUACAUCCAUUUACAAAAACAUGGAUAAAAUAUGCAAAGUUUGAAGAAAAACAUGGUGAUGUUACCAAAUCAAGAUCAAUCUUUUCAAGAGCAAUUGAUUUCCUUGGUGAUGAGGGAUGUGAUGAAUCUAUAUUUAUAUCAUUUGCAAAGUUUGAAGAGAGAUACAAGGAAGUCGAAAGAGCUAGAUUAAUCUACAAAUAUGCAUUGGAUCAUAUUCCAAAGAGUAAAGCUCAAUUAUUAUUUGAAACAUUUACCAACUUUGAAAAACAACAUGGUGAUCGUAUAGGUAUUGAAGAUAUUUUAUUAAGUAAAAAAAGAUUUCAAUAUGAAGAAGAUAUAAAAUUAAAUUCAAAAAAUUAUGAUGUAUGGUUUGAUUAUACAAGAUUAGAAGAAAAUAAUGGAGAUGUCGAGAGAACAAGAGAGAUUUAUGAAAGAGCUAUAUCAAACAUACCACCAAUGUAUGAGAAAAAGUAUUGGAGACGGUAUAUUUAUUUGUGGAUCAAUUAUGCAUUGUUUGAAGAAUUGGGUGCCAAGGACAUUGACAAGACACGAGAGGUGUACCAGGCAGUGACCAAACUCAUCCCACACAAACAGUUUUCAUUCUCCAAGAUAUGGAUCAUGUAUGCCAAUUUCGAGAUCCGUCAACUGCAACUACAAAGUGCACGUCAGAUUCUUGGACAGGCGUUGGGAUUGGCACCCAAGCAAAAGGUGUUGGACACGUACAUUCAGCUCGAGAUCAAGUUGGGUAGCUUUGACCGUGUCAGAAAGCUCUAUGAAAAAUACAUCCAUCUCUACCCAGACAGCUGCGACAGUUGGUCCAAGUUUGCGCAAUUCGAGGCAGAGUUGGGUGAAACUAAACGUGUGCGUGGUAUCUAUGAGAUUGCCGUGCAACAAGAGUCGCUUGAAACACCAGAGAUUGUGUGGAAGAACUAUAUCGACUUUGAAAUCGAACGAAAGGACUUUGGUGCCGUCCGUGCACUCUACCGUCGUCUGUUGGAGCGUACCAACCACAUCAAGGUGUGGAUCAGCUUUGCUCAGAUGGAGUGCACCGCCGCACAAGAACCAAACAAUGCUCGUGAUAUAUUUGCAGAGGCCAACAAGGCUCUCAAGGGUGCUGCCGCCGAAAAGGAAGAGCGUUAUAUCCUGCUCGAAAACUGGAAGCAUUUUGAAAACAAAUUUGGCAACACUGAACAAAUAGAAGCCAUCAACAAACAGAUGCCCAAAAAGGUCAUCAAAAGAAGAAUUGUCAAGAAUGAUUUCGACGAGGAAACAGUCGAAGAAUAUUAUGACUAUGUAUUCCCCGAGGAACAAAGUGCUCAACCUAAUCUUAAAUUCCUCGAGAUGGCUCAAAAAUGGAAAAAACAAAAAAUGGAUAAUUAA